CACUUUGCAGGCGGGAGCUGUUUCUUCUUCUUCACCUGCUCUCUUUUUUUUUUUCUUCGCCGUCACUUCAGCCAGCCGAGAAGAUGAGCGGAUCCGAAUCUGAGCUACCUCCGCGGCGGGUCGACCUCUCCGGUGCCUCAAUCUGAGCGAGUUUCUUUUUUUUUUUUCUUGGUCUGAUGUUUCCCCUCCGAGCGUCAUUCGGGAGAGAAUGCGUCUGCUCUUUUUUGCGACUUUAUUCGGAGUCCUUCUCGAUGCGGGAGAUGCCCUUCAGAUCCAGUGCUACCAAUGUGAGGAGAUGAAGCACAACGACUGCUCCACGCCGGAGUACAUCGUCAACUGUACCGUCAACGUGCAGGACAUGUGCCAGAAGGAGGUGCUGGUCAAACCUGAUGGGAUACAUUAUCGGAAGUCGUGCGCGUCCUCCGGGGCCUGCCUCAUCGCCUCCUCUGGCUACCAGCAGUUUUGCACUGGCAGGUUGAACUCAGUCUGCAUCACCUGCUGCAACACCCCACUCUGCAAUGGCCCCAAGAGGAAGCGUCCUACCAACUCAGCGGCAACGUCCAUCCUGCAGACGAACCAGCCUCUUCUUCUUUUCCUGACGCCGCUGCUCCUUCUGCUGACGUAGAUGAUGUUGCCACCACAACUUUGCUGUUCAUCCUGGGGUCUGGACCUGUGAUAUACGAGGGGAUUUGGACGCUGCACUGGCUUUGCAACUUCUCAGCUUUAUGGAAAACUGUCAAUGUUACUGAUAAAAUGGUGUAACCACUAAGAGUGACAGUGGAAUCCCAGAGAAGUGGAAGCGUACUCAGAGCUUUGUGAAUCAUUUAUUAGUCUGGUUGGAAGAGGACUAUCCAGGCUGCAGCUGAGGCAUCUCUCACUUUUUGUAUUUAUUUAUUUUUUUGCUUUUUUGUGAAGUGGAUUCGUUUUGUGAAGAAGCUGGUCUCAAGUUAUUUUCCGGUUAUUAGAUGCUGUAAAAAGUGCCGGUGGAGGUUAUAACACUUUCGAGCUUUCGUUCUGUGGUUUGAAGCAGCGCUGCUGGUUUUAUUUCCUGUUGAUGCUAUAGCUGUUUAUGCUCUGAACACACAGUUUUGACUUUAUGAAACCAAACCGUAGUUAUAUUUUUCAUAUGUUGCCAUGAAACCCGCUCUUUGGCUGAGGCAAAAAGGUUGAAUUUAAAGGUUUCUGAGCUCUCCUGUGCUGUAUCAUUCUCUCACAUUCAUGCAUAUUUUCCACUGCCAUGGAGUAUUGAUUGUGAUUUCUCUACAGCUUAUUUAUUCCAUCGCAGUCAUAGAGUCGCUUCUGUGAUAUAAAGACAUUAUUAGCACUAUUAGUAGACAUUAAUAUUCCACGUAAUCCUCUGUAAAAUGAGUUAUUGGGUUGUGUCAGAUAACCUUCAUAUUACAUAGUGCAGAAUAAGGAAAAAAAAACUAUAAGCACAAACAAAAUGCUCACUCGAGAGUUGCUUCAGGUCAUAUUUCCCUUUAAGUAUUCUUCACGUCCCCAAAUCACGGUUAACUCUGCAUGCAGCCACUGCUGUAAAACAGAUUUCAUAACCGGUGCCACUGAAACCUGAUUUGAUGAUCAUAUUUCAGUGUUCUAAUGAGAAUUUUAGGAAACUUAAGCACUUAUAUUUGCCUCUUAAUGAUCUGUUUGCCUACUUAUCAUUAUCACGGGUAUUUGUUUUGCUGCUUGCAUUGGAGAUCUGUACCGUAUUGUAUUUAUUCUGUGGUGAAUGUGCUGUGGGCAACGAUGCAGACAUUCGCACGCUGUGUUUUAAUGCCAAACGUGAAGGUAUUAACGGUCCCGAGGUAGACGAGAAACUGCGGUUCAAAAAAGUCACGAGGAACGGCGUCCCUUAACUUAUUUCCAGAUUUAAAAGAUGGGCCCUCUGAUAAACUUUUUUCUUUUUAGUGAUCUUCUGUGAAGAGUAACACUGUAUU